UUAUCACAGCUGUGUUGGUGGCAGCGUGUCCCAGCCCCUCCACUCCUUCCUUUCCCCCUCUGGCCCUCGGUCCCGGUAGCAAGAGCACCCGCCAAGAUGGAGGCUUGUCCAGACAACAGCGCUCAGGCGGCACCGGCAGGAGGUCCGAACGUGGACCCGACGGACGACCUGGCCAAGCAGCUGGAGGACAUCAUCAGCACCUACCAGGCUGACGCCGUCCCCGCCGAGCCGGAGGACACGGAGGAUGUCCAGCCCAACAAGGACAGCAGACGGGACCAGAAGCUGGAGAAGAAGAUGCUGAAGAACUUGGGAAAGGAGGCCAUGCUGCUUAUGCAGAGCCUCAACAAGCUCCACACGCCGGAGCAGAAACUGGAAGCCACCAUCAAGAAGCACGCUGAGCUGCUGGAGGAGCACAGGAGCGACCAGAAGCAGCUGAAGGUUCUGCAGAAGAAGCUCCUGCAGGUGAUGAAGGACAAGGACCAGCUGCAAAGCGAGCACAGUCGCGCCGUGCUGGCUCGAAGCAAGCUGGAGGGACUGUGCCGGGAACUGCAGAGGCACAACAAGACCUUAAAGGAGGAGACGUUGCAAAGGUGCAGAGAGGACGACCUGAAGAGGAAAGAGAUCACCACCCACUUCCAGGGAACGCUGAGCGACAUCCAGGCCCAGAUCGAGGAGCACAGCACCCGGAACACCAAACUCUGCCAGGAGAACGGCGCCCUGGCCCAGAAGCUGAAGGACCUCAUCACGCAGUACGACCAGCGGGAGGCGAACCUUGAGAAGGUCUUCAAGCACCGAGACCUGAAAGAGAAGCUGCUGGACACCAAACUGACGCAGGCCAACAUGCUGCUGAAGGAGGCGCAGGAGAAGCACAAGCUGGAGAAGGAGCUUUUGCUGCAGCAGACCGCCGAGUACAAGACGAAGAUGAAGCUGCUGAAGGAGCAGGAGACGGACAUGAAGGCCCAGCUCGACGUCUACUCGCAGAAGUUUGACGAAUUCCAGGGCACGGUUUCAAAGAGCAACAGCAUCUACAGCGGCUUCAAACAGGACAUGGACAAAAUGGCCAAGAAGAUGAGAAAGCUGGAGAAGGAAUGUCAAUCAUGGAAGAGUCGCUUUGACGGCUGCAACAAGAGCCUCCUGGACAUGGUGGCGGACAAAGCUGUGAGGGACAAGGAGCUGGAGCUUCUCGCCCUCAAGAACCAGAAACUGGAGAACCUGUGCAGGGCUUUGCAAGACGAAAGGAAGAGCCUCUACGAGAAGGUGCAGGCGGCAGAGAAGGAGGCUGCCCAGGAGGACCGCCACCACCAUGAGGAGCAGGAGACCACUCCGACCCCCGCCCAGCCCCCUCUUACCUCCGAACCCCCCCUUAGCAAGGAACUGGCUCUGCUGAAAGCAGAGCAGGCUCUUCUGAAGGAGAUGGUCCUCGUCUCCCACGUCGUACCCACAGACGCCGCAGGAGAACCCUCCCACGGCGAGGAGCACCUGGAGAAGAGCAACAGCCAACACCUCCAGGAGGUGGAGGACCAUGGACCUCAAGAAGGAAAAGAUUUGGAACUGGAGUCUGUUGAUUAGAGAACAUUAGAGAACAUACGUACAUUUAAGAAAUAGAACAUCUCCCAUUUUUCAACAUUUGGUCUUUUACAAGAACAAAGUGCAAAUAUUCAUGUAAGGAGAUAUAAAGUCAAAAUAAAGUCCAAAUAUUAUGGGAAUAAAAUCAUAACAGGACGAGAGAUGCGAAGCAAAAAUAUUCCAAAAUAGUAUAAAGUCAAAAUAUUGAGGCCAAAAAGAGAAAAAAAUGUAAUUUUGCAAAAAGUUAAAAUAUUAAAGACAAAAAAAGUCAUUCGAAGUCGCAAUAUUAUGUAAGACAAAGAAAACAACAAACAAAGUUGUCAUUUGGGGAAAAUUAGCCAAAAAAGUUGUGUUACAAAAUAAAGUUGAAAUAUUAAAGUCAUAAUACUAUGUUUACAUUUUUAAAAAAGAAAUAAAAACAACACCAGACAUGAGGAAAAAACAGACGUCAUUUUACAAGAAUAAAGUCCAAAUAUUUAGAGAAAAAUUGGAAAAAGUCAGAAUUUGAUGAGAAUAACAAAAAUGACAAAAAACAAGAUCAAAUGGAAAAAAUGAGAAUAUAGCGACUAUUUUGUGCUUUUUCUAUUAAAAAAUAAUAAUAAUAAAAAAAAAAAGACGUCCAGGAGCUUUUGUUUUGUCUCCAUGGAAACGUAGCCGUGAAUCCAUGUGCUGUCACAGAGUGUAAAUCUAGCGCAUGGGCCCUUAAACCUA